UCACCUCGGGGUAAGUGUGCAGGGGGUAGGUCUCAUCGCACACCAUGUGACAGGAGGCACUGUCUCCCAGGGCAGACUCCAAGGACCCGCUGCUGGCACAAACAAGCAGCGCAACAACCAACAACAUCUGUACGGCCGCCAUCUUCCUACUCUAACUCUACUUCCGUGUUUUGUUUUGUGUGUUGUUUUUUUUUUUUUUUGCAGCAAAAAGGGCUGUCUAAACCACUUCCGGUAAACGGCCACGUAAUCACGAGCGACUGCCUUUGUUGACAUCGAGAAGACGCGUGCGUGCGUGCGUACGUACUUGCGUGCGUUUUCGUCAUGACAGCGCGACGACGUUCUGCCCUUCUGCGGGCGGAAACUCAGAUUUAUUUUCAGUCUGUGUGCUGCUUGGGGGGAAGCAUGGAUAAGUUCGUUGUUAGAAAACCCAAGUGUCUGCAGCCAGAGGUUAAAAUCCCCAGUAAAACCAAAGGACAGGCCACUCUGUAUUCACUAAAGGUGAGAGGGGAGCUCUGGGGGACAGCUUGUACCCUGCUCAUCCCUAUCAUUGGGUGUGCACAGGAUAUUAUUAUUUAUUGUAUAUUGAUCUCUCACUCAUACAGUGCAUUUAAUUUUAUUCUUCAAACCAAGUCAGUAUUACACAUUUUCUGUGAAAGAUACAAGAGAAAAUAAGGUAUACAACUUGUUCAAAGUGAAUUCCAAAAUACCAAAUAUUGCUCUAGGAAUAACCAAACAUAUCUGAAUGUGCAGGCCAUUUUUCUUUUAAACAAGGCAAUAAACAUCAGUAUUGACAUAUAGUACAGGUAGAGACAUACAUGAAUGACAAAGGGGGGAAAAAAAAAAUCAUCUCUAUGUCAAGGUGUUCCUGGGCACACUCUGAUAAUAACCAUUGUUGUUCUUGUGAUGUUUUUAUUGAGCUCCUGUAAAAUGUCAGUAUGGGCACUUUGACCGUACUUUGCAAAGCAGGCUGAUAAAAUAGCAUAGAUGUGAAGGCAAUCUUGCAUUUUAAAUUCUCUAUUUGCAGGUCCAGCUUUAUACAUUUCUAGUCGUUAUAGGAGAAUACCAAGCGCCAUUAGAGCUCUCAGUGUAAGUUAUCAAACCUUUUUGUAAUGGUUUGAUUUCUUACCUGGGGUCCACUAGGCACCGCCUCUAUGAGAGCAGGAACUUUCAUCUUGCAGCUAAGCUUAGUGGUUUAGGGCUUAGACCAUUGGCUAAGUGUAAUCAGCUGACUCUGUCAUCCAAUGACUUGACACUGCACUGCAGGGUUUAGCCUCAGAGAGGUGUCAGAAGCUCCACGCAGGGGUGUUUCUAGCUCUCAUAAAGGCACACAAUUUGAUUACUUACGUUGGGCGGCACUCCUGGCUGCAUAAUCACUAUAGUGCACUUUAGUGGUUAAGGUGCUUGGAGUGUUCCUAUAAAUGGUCACUGUCAUCUAAUGUUUUAUUAUACUUGUCCUGUUUUGUCUGGGAUUAGGAGGGGUUAUACCAUUCUAAAGGAGCAGUCUACGCAACAUGAUCAAUGCUAUAUGAUACUUCAAUUCAUGUACAGUUGCAUUUUCAAAUAUAUUUAUCCUCUAGAAUAGUGCUACACAACCUUCGGCACUCCAGAAAACUCUCAUAGCCAUAAUGCUGGUAAAGCUUGAGAGAGAUUUAGUCCACAUCUAAAGUGCCGACCGUUGCCUACCUUUGCUCUAGAAGAUGUACUUUAGAAUUGCCAUCCCUGAUUUAUAAGUGCUGUAUGCAACUAUAGCAAUCUAUGAUUUCAUCAAUUUUUAUAAACGGUUUUUCUGUUUAGAGAGUUGUGGUCCUGGAAGAUAUAAAGAGAUGGAAAUGUAUUCUGGAGUUUCCUAACCAGACAAGAGAAAAUCUGAUGAAUACUCUGAAGGAACUUAAGAAAAAAAUUCCUUCUGAAGAAGUGAUAAGAUCAACAAAAAUCGGUACUAAAAUCUGCAGGCUGUUGAGUCUGUAGAAUGUGUAGUGGUGAAUUCAAGGUUUGAGUUUCAGGGCAAAUGCUUCCCCCAAUAAGUCAAGGGCAUUUAUGCGUGUCCUGCAGCAGAAGCUGAAGGAAAGAGCACCCCGCCAAAUACUUGUAGCCAUGUUGCAAAUCUUUGUGUGAUUGUUAUAUGGCUUUAUGCCUGUCUGCAAGUGGGUGUAGGUAUCUGCAUUUGUGCACAGGUUGAUGUAAAUGUAAGCUCGACUGGUAUCAAAAGAUUUGACAUUUUAAGCGCUGAUUUUCUUCCUUCUCUAAAGAAAAACACAUCUCACAUUACAUCUCCCAGCGUCACCAGCAAAGAUAUAUUUUUAAACAAGUGACUUAAUGAGUGCUUCUUUCUUAGAUAUAUUGUUUUUGAAAUACUUAUUCCAAGUAAUUUUUUUGUUUGUAAGACCGAUAUGUCACCAGUAUUACUCUUUUUAAUGUAACAGAAUGCAAGCAAUUAAACAAUCAUUCUAUGUCUCUAUUUUUGGGUGUUUUUAAAUAAAUAGUAUGUACUCCACGGUUUAUGUCUAAGCCUAAAACAUAUUUAACAAACCUUUUCAGUGCAGUAGAGUGUUUUAUCUACAGUCUUGCUUUUUUUUGUUUUUUAUAUAUAUAUAUAUAUAUAUAUAUAUAUAUAUAUAACUUGUACUCAGUAUAAAUCCAUUAUUCCUAAUUUGUCACUUUCUCAUUUAUAUACUAUGUCCAAAACAGCCAUAGGGUAUCUUAAUUUAUUUAAAUUUCUUACUUCUCUCCUUUCCUGAAUGUGAAGGAUGUAUUACGUCCAAAAAGUGCAGGAGCAACCCAUGUCACUUGCACUUUUCUAUGAACAUUUAGCAUUUAAGAUUUGUUAAUCCCGGUUUGUCUUCAAAGUUUUACUACUUUCUUUCUUUUUCUCUGUAUGUUUAGGUGAAGCAGUUGGAAGCCUACAGACACAUGAUGAUAAGGAUGUGUCACACUUGGCACAGGAAGUUUACAACCAGUGGGAAACGUUCAUAAAGGAGAAUCGCAGCAAACCAAACAUUGAAGUAAGAUGUGAUGCUGCAACUGAGAAACUACGCCAAAAUGCCAGGCGACUGUUGGCUGAAGCACAAAAUAUGGAGGUAAGGAAUAGUACGGUAAUCAUCAUGACAAGCAGGUGAAUGAAUGUCCUGGAAUUGUAGGACAUUUCUGUUGCUCUAACAAAAGGUGGGUUAAUGAGAAACAAAUAUUUACAUUUUCAUUAUUAUAUUUCUUGUUUUGUAAAUAUGUGAAUAAUUUGUUUCCUUGUAAGUAAUUGGGGGGGCGGCAAUUCAAACACUGUACAAGGGAGGCUCCUACUAAAAUGUAUAUGUUAAGGUGACUUGACACGUGGUCCAUCCUUCCCAUGGGUGCGUGUCUUAACCGCAGCAAUCAUUAUGUGGAGUUCUGCAAGGAUCAUUGCCUUUCACAUGAUAAUGAUUUUUCUUAACACAUCACUGUAGGUGUAAUUCCUAACCUGUUUCCAUCUCCAGGCUGAUCACUCUUUGGUUGAAUGUAUUGAACGUGAAGUUUUCCAUCAGACCUCCCGUCUGAUCAAUGUUCACUACCGCAGAACAAUCCGGGCACUUGUAUUUGCACUGAAGCACAAGGCAGAGACUCGAUGCCAAGUCAAAGAAGGGACUAUAAAGAUUCAUGAGUUGGUGCAAAGUCAUAAGAAAUAAAAAAAGAACAUUCUCAACUCCUGGGUGAGAACAACUGUACAACACCUUCAGGAAAAUUCAGGACAUGUAACCUUGGAUCAAGUUAAUGUUACAGGGAAUACUACAUGUAGGUUCUCGGGCUGGUUAGCACUAAUGCCCUUUCUUCUGUCAUACAUUUAUUUUUCCAUUGGUUACCAUCACAAGACUCUUCUUUCAAUGGAGCAUGAUAUGCCUAUUGUGUAGGCUUUUUAAUAUCGGGAGAUUGCCAGGUUAAUAUAGCAGGACUCAGUUACACACAGUAUAAUACAUUCAUUGUUAACAUCUUGAGAUGCCGGCCCUUUCUCGUGGUUGGUUAUUGGGCAAUGUACUUGCGAGUUCAAACCAGGAAAGGCUAGACAUGCUUUCACAGUCACAGAGGUGUUUAAAAAAAAUAAAAAUAAUAUUCUUAAACAUAAGUUGUUAUAUUCAUAAACAUGUUUUGAGAAUUUUAAAAUUCAGUGUGUAAAAUGUAUAUAACUCCAUUAUCUCUGCCUAUUAUUAUAGUGUAGUGCAGGAUCUGUCAAGAUUGACAAGAGUCACGCUGCUAUCAUGAAUUCUACCCCUCUCCCGUUACUCAUAUCUUGGGGAGAGGCUCUAAGAAGAGGGAGACUGACAAAACAAAACAGUAAAGCUUAUUCACUGAAGUGGCUAUUUUACCCUUGGUUUUGAAAUUCACUUUGCAUUUUACAAUGUAACACAGCCAAUCAGAAUUCAGCGUGAACAGUUAUUCACAUUACCCAACUUCACUAUAAUGCAGGGCUUCUGACAAUAGACACAACUAAAUAGGAACGUCCCUUUUCUUUUAUGCACAGCUCUUGUUUAGUCAUUACUGACAUAUAAAUUGUAUAUUUGGCUACUUAUAUGUAUUUGUCAUUCUGCAUACAAUGAUUGUAACACAUGCUGUGUUUGAAAAGUGCUCUGAAAUCUGAAUUUGUUUUUUAAUUUCAAUAAAACAUUAUUUUUGUAUGAGAUUUUACCCCAUUUCUGUACUCAAGCAAAUACAUAUUAAAGAAUCACAGUGUAAUAGUUAUUUAUGUAUUUAGUAUUGUGUGUGUGUGUGUGUGUGUGUGUGUAUAUGUAUACAUAUAUUUAUUUUAUUUUGGCUAGAGAGUUCCUUUUUAGAUUUUGGUUAUAGGGGUAGCAAAAAGGGCAUAACCCUACAUAUAAUAUAAAUUAAAGAAAAGAAUAAUAGGAAGAAAUCCUCUCGUACAAGGACGAGGGGAAUCCUCCUACCGGCACCACCACUAGAAAAACAUAUGUACAAGCUUAUAGAAAAAAAAGAUAUGUAUAACUAAAAUAAACUUUAAUGAAAAUUCAAAAUACACAUAAUUCCCAAAUAGUGGGAAUAAAAACCCAAAACAAAAGAAAAACGUGAUACUAUAUUGGCUGCCAGUCGCUGCUAAAUGAAUCUAUGAUAGCAUGAAAAGGUUACCACAAGUGUAGCAAACCUAUUCAUAACAUAGUAAUAAUCAGUAGAAACACUGUUGCAAUGCUAACUCACAGAAUAACGGUCUGCAGAUAUGUGAAUAGAUGCCAAAGAAGCAGUGUGCUGUGCUCCAGUACAUAAACCAGAGGGCAAAGACGCAUAAGAAAUCCCCAAUAUAAGUCAAAACAUUAUCUAGAUAGUCUAAAAUACCCAUAUAUAACUGUCCUAUCUGUUGAAAGGUAGGAAAUCGAAAGGACAGAAAGAUAUAUAGGGAAAAAUAGAGAGGGCUAUUCCGAUGCUGUUACUUUUGUUUUUAGCAUUCUACUAGAGUACUUAUUGCAAUCCCGUGCUGUGCCUACAUCAGACCUUGGCCGGCCAGUCUCCUUACCAGUAGGGGCAUUUGGUUUUCUAUAUAAGAGGUAUCUACAGUGGGGGUGUCCUUUCCUCUUUUUGCUCUGGACUCCCCUGGUGAUUACCUCUCUACCUCUUUAUUUUUCCUUAUAUAUCUUACUGUCCUUUCGAUGUCCUACCUUUCAACAGAUAGGACAGCUAUAUAUGGGUAUUUUAGACUAUCUAGAUAAUGUUUUGACUUAUCUUGGGGAUUUCUUAUGUGUCUUUGCCCUCUGGUUUAUGUACUGGAGCACAGCACACUGCUUCUUUGGCAUCUAUUCACAAAUCUGCAGACCGUUAUUCUGUGAGUUAGCAUUGCAACAGUGUUUCUACUGAUUAUUACUAUGUUAUGAAUAGGUUUGCUACACUUGUGGUAACCUUUUCAUGCUAUCAUAGAUUCAUUUAGCAGCGACUGGCAGCCAAUAUAGUAUCACGUUUUUCUUUUGUUUUGGGUUUUUAUUCCCACUAUUUGGGAAUUAUGUGUAUUUUGAAUUUUCAUUAAAGUUUAUUUUAGUUAUACAUAUCUUUUUUUUCUAUAAGCUUGUACAUAUGUUUUUCUAAGGGUGGUGCCGGUAGGAGGAUUCCCCUCGUCCUUGUAUGAGAGGAUUUCUUCCUAUUAUUAUUUUCUUUAAUCUUCUAUAAACAUUAACUAAAGUGAAUUGUCUGGAAUUCUGUGUGAAUUAAAACUGAAUUUAAAAUAUUACGUCGAAACUGAAAAUGCAGCUGCCUUGGGGAAAAAAUGGUUAUUUCAUAGCACCAACACAAACAUAGUUACAGGUAAGAAAGCACAUCAAAAGCAAUCAAGUAUCUGCAAUUAACCUUUUCAAUGCUUGUCCAUCUUGCAUUGAAAUCAACAAAGAUGCAAUAUCUAAAAUUUUAUAAUUUUAAAUUUACCAAACGUAUUGCCCAACCAAUUGCUACAUUACACCCUGUUCCAAAUUAUUAUGCAAAUUCUAUUUAAGUGUCACAAAGAUUAAAUAUUUUGUUUUUCAGUUUAACUCAUGGAUGGCAUUGUGUCUCAGGGCUCUUUUGAUCACUGAAAACAAUCUCGGACACCUGUGAUAAUUAGAUUGCCAGGUGAGCCCAAUUUAAAAAAAAAAAAUACUAAAGGAGGGUGUUCCACAUUAUUAAGCAAAACACCAUUUUCAUGCAAUAUGGGGAAGAAAAAGGAUCUCUCUGCUGCCGAAAAGAGUGAAAUCGUUCAAUGCUUUGGACGAGGUAUGAAAACAUUAGAUAUUUCCCGAAAACUUAAGCGUGAUCAUCGCACUAUUAAGAGAUUUGUGGAUGAUUCAGAGCACAGACGGGUUCAUGCAGAUAAAGGCACAUUGAGGAAGAUUUCUGCCAGAUCCAUGCAUCGGAUCAUGAGAGCAGCUGCUAAAAUACCAUUACAUAGCAGCAAACAGAUAUUUGAAGCUGCUGGUGCCUCUGGAGUCCCACGGACAUCAAGGUGUAGAGUCCUCCACAGUCUUGCAACUGUGCAUAAACCUUCUAUUUUGCCACCACUAACCAAUGCUCACAAGCGGAAACGACUGCAAUGGGCAGAAAUAUACAUGAAGACUAAUUUUCAAACAGUCCUGUUCACUGAUGAGUGCCAUGCAACCCUGGAUGGUCCAGAUGGAUGGAGUAGUGGAUGGUUGGUGGACGGCCACCCUGUUCCAACAAGGCUGCGACGUCAGCAAGGCGGUGGUGGAGUCAUGUUUUGGGCUGGAAUCAUGGGAAGAGAGAUGGUCGGCCUCUUUAGGGUCCCCAAAGGUGUAAAGAUGACCUCUGCAAAGUAUGUGGAGUGUCUGACUGACCACUUUCUUCCCUGGUACAGAAGGAAGAACUAUGCUUUCUGUAAUAAAAUUAUCUUCAUGCAUCACAAUGCACCAUCUCAUGCUGCAAAGAAUACCUUUGCUGCUAUGGGGAUAAAAGGAGAGAAAGUCAUGGUGUGGCCUCCAUCCUCCCCUGACCUCAAUCCUAUUGAGAACCUUUGGAGCAUCCUCAAGCAAAAGAUCUAUGAGGGUGGGAGGCAUUGUACAUCCAAACAGCAGCUCUGGGAAGCUAUUCGGGUAUCUUGCAAACAAAUUCAAGCAGAAACUGUCCAAAAACUCAAAAGUUCAAUGGAUGCAAGACUUGUGAAGCUGCUAUCAAAUAAGGGGUCCUAUGUUAAAAUGUAACGUGACAUGUUAAAAUAUGUUUAAAAAGUUAAAAUGUUGUUAUACGUUUGAUUGAAAUAGCUUUUGAUUUCAGUAAAUAUGCUGCAAACACAACAAAUUACAAUUUUCAGUUCUUUACAACCUAUAAAGUGUUUUGAAACUUACUGUGCAUAAUAAUUUGGAACAGUGCAUUGUAAGUUUUUAUGUUUAAAAAAAAAUACUGUUAUCAUUAGGAGGUUUGUUCAGUAAAAUUUGAAUUGUACUCUUAAUAGUUGAUAACAUGAGAAUUAUGUUGACUGUUAUUUACAUCAAUUAUUUAGGUAAAUGAGAAAAAUAUCAUUUGCAUAAUAGUUUGGAACAGGGUGUAUAUAUGUGUUGUGUUUAACCACACCUUGCUUCAAUGUAACAUUAAUUUAAAUGGGAACACAAAUUAAAACAAAACAUUCUAUAGAGAUGUGUGCUUGUAUUUAAUUUCCAAGGCACAGUAGUACAUCAUUCUCUAAUAUUUUGUAAUUAGUUGCCAUUUUGUUUAGUUAAUACCUUGUAUGGAGCAUCUGCACAUGUAACAGUGACCUUGUAAAACUGUACAAUCGUUAAACUGCAUAUUCUGGCUAAUGGAAAGCCCGUUAUCGAAACUAGUAAAUAUUGAUAAGUUACAACAGAAUCUUAGAAGACCGCAAACUGCUUCAGACGGUCUGCCCAUUUUAUCUUUCGUAAACAUUCUAAAAUGUCUAUUGCUGUAUCGCUUGAAUCACAGUUCAGUAUUCCAUUGUCUUACCCACUUUGAAAAGUAAUAAUUGUGGGUGCACGGUAAUGGUGAGUAGUUUAUUACUGGCGUGUGAUAGAGGCACCUCGUCACAGUAAUACCAGGCCCACCACUGCUAUAAGCAUGAGGAUGCCAGCUAAGAUACAGAUACUGAUAAAAAUCACGUCGCUGCCAUCCUGUCCAUUGUCACUGGUCUCUGAAGAUUCUGCUUCCGGAAGCCUUGAUUCUGCUGCACUGUCUAGCAAUGCAUUGAGUCGGAGUGGAUCUGAUCCAGAUAGGAUAUGCACGGAUGCCUCCUUCCUCUUUGGCUCGCACUGCACUUCAUACUCAUGGAUAUCUUCAUGAGUGCCGAAGGAGAAGUCCACAUAUAAGACACUCACAAUGACUGAUGUAUUAUUCCUCUUCUGCAACCAAGAACAAUGAAACAGCAAAGAGUUAUAUUUGAAUGGGAGUUCACUUAACUUGUGCAGUGGGGUUUAUUCUGUAAACUUGGGAAUUGUGGAUGUUUGGCAAGGGAAUUGCAAAUCUUAGGGCAAAACAGUGCUACAAAAAUAGCUGACUCCUCCAUCCACCUCCCACACCACACCUUUUUGUCCAGCAGCCAUGUUGCUACACCACACUAAGUUGCCAUUGUCUGUCUAUAAGACGUCAGUUGUUAGUCAUGCUCUUAAUAUGGCUAAAUCCCUGAUCCCGUUCUCCGAUGGUUGCGCAGUGGAUUGCGAAGACAUGGAGAAACGUUCUGUCUCACUAUACAAGCGAUACGAUGAAUAUUCUGCUGUCUGGUUCCCCUGGAUUGAAUAUAUUGAACCCCAAUCCUGAGUGUGUACCCUGAUGAUAUGGUUUAUUUGGCUGGCCCCUCCUGAAGCUGAUGCCCGUCCUUUACCUGGUUCCCUGUUUCUAUGUAUCCCCCUUCUCGGUAUUCUCACUUUUUUCUUCUUUAGCGUCCCCUUUCUUUCCUUACUCUUUCUAUUCUUUUUUCUUGCUUCUCAUCUCGCUUUUUGCUGUCACACCUCCUCUUUUUUUUACUUAUGCGCACCCUUGUGAGUUCAUUUGUUUCUGAUAAUGUCCCAUUUGCACCCCCUACCCUCAUCUGCUAACGCAAGGGUGCCCAAAGGUAGAUCCUAAGAUGUUUUAAAACUACAGCUUCCACGAUCCUUUCUCAUUCUAAAGGCAUUUAAAGCAUCAUUUGAGUUGUAGUGCUACAACAUCUGGGGAUCUACCUUUUUGGCACCCCUGUGCUAAUGCAUAACUCCUCCUUGUACCUAGCUGGGACACUACAUUCUUCUCACUUCUAAUUUCUUCAUUUCCUAAUGUUCUUUUGGAAGUUUGGCCUUUUUUUCUUACUUUAAUGCAUUAUACUAAAGUCCCCAUUGUAGUCACUGUUCCUGGAUAUGUGUGCACUUGUUUAUGACCAUUUUGUGUAAUGUCGUGUGUUCUUUGUUUAUAAAAAAUUGGCAAAAAAUAAAGAAUUUUUCCAGUUUAUUCAUUUCUAAAAAUUUCUAUCCCUUGUCAGUUCUAUUCAAUGCAUUGCUUUCUUAAUAACACCCCUAUAUAUUCAGGACACUGCUUGGUGACAUACAACGUUAAUGAUUUGGAAAUACAGCAAUUAGAGAACUGCUUAGGGCCUAUGCUGGGAUUUAUACAAAAAUAGAUCUCAAAUAUUUCUGGAUAUGCCUUUUCAGAUGAUUCAAUAUGUUUAAAUAAACUUUUGAAGUCAUUUUUUUUCAAAAUACUAAAAUAUAAACUGAUUCCUACAUAGAAAAAAAUAUAAAAAUCAAUAUAUCAAAACAUAUAAAGUUUUUCAAAAUAUCAAAUCAUUUUAAAUGUAUAUCCAAAAAUAUCAAAUCAUUUAAAAUGUGUAUCCAAAAAUAUUAAAUUGAGGCCAUAGUCAGAGUGGAAAUUCAAAGUGAAUUUAAAAUUGUAGAUCAAAAUAGUACAAUAGCAAACAUUCUUCUACUCAGAUGUUGGCCUAAACCUGAAAUUCACUUUGAAUUCUCAACAAAUCAUUCUUGUGAAUAGCAUGAAUGUGACAGCUGGCCAGAAUCCAUUCCAUAUUAAUUGUGAUUAUGCAAUUGUUGAUUUAAUCUCCAGAUCUUGCAUGGGGAAAAAAAACCUUUUUUAUAUAAUCAUUUACUAUAUCUGCAAGAAAUAUAUAGGAAAGUGAAAAGAUAAAUAAUUAAGUGGGAAAAUAAAGGCAUUGAGAUAUUCUGGAGACAACAUCAGCCUGUUACCGUCUGGGGACUUUGCAGAAUUUUCAAAGACCCUCGUCAGUGACAUCGCCGCAGCGGUGUGAGGGGCAGGCAAAGGUGAAUUCUACUUAAAUGAACUUGUCCCUCGUGGGUGCAGCCAUCUUCUUCCUGCGGGUCCUCUUCAGCUCCUUGUAAUUAAGCGUCACUGCUGUAGUCACACGCAUGCGCAAGAGUACAGCAUUGAGGUCUGUGGAAGAUUUUGCAAGAGCGUGGGUUCCUCCAUAGAUAAAACCCAUUCCCUGUAGCCGUCACUGGUGAUGGCCGGGGUGAUUGACACUUCUAGACGGCGGUAGCUCUGCCCAGUUGCUAGAAGUGCCAGGCGGAGGAAAUAUACAAAGUCUGUAUAUAUACAUUGUCUCAGAAAAUCUCUUGAAAGGGUUCGAAUUUCAGAGAAAUUCCAACAUAGUCAAUAUGAGUAUUUCAUAAAGAUUCUAUUUUUUUUUUUUCCGGGGGGAAAGACUAAGGUAGGUGGUUUAUGGAUGUCCCAGGAUCCUUGAUAUGGAGCCAUUUUUCUAUAUAUAACAUUCUGUAUCUUUUUUUAUUAUUGUUAUUUUCUUUAUUUAAGGUAUCCAAUGCAUACCGAGUAAAAUACUAUAAAGAUUCCGUUAGGGAGUCACAUCGUUGACUGGAAAGAGUUCACUGCAGACCCUGCAAAGUCUGUUAAUUGUAAAAUCUUUUUUUUUAUUAUUAUUUUGUUAUAUUUUAUUGGAUUGAUACAUUAUACAAUUCUUUUUAAAAAAAAAAAAUCAAUAUUGCUACAACAUGUACAAACAUGACUGGAUUAAUUAUGCAAUGGUCUCAUCUGUUGUGCCACAGUCUAUUCAAUUUUGAAGUGAACUGAAAAAACCCCAAAACAUAAAACUGUAACUCAGUUACUACUACUAUUCUCUUUCUGAUAAAUCUGGCCGCCCUAGCUGUGCUGCAGGUCUCCGCUCGGGGCUUAGUGUGGAGCCAAUCUGUGAUUCUACUGCUUACAAUUCCCAUUACUUCCAGCAAGCCCUGUCUUUGCUUAGCAUGUUUUAAAACUUAUAUCGUCAAAUACCCUUUGGAUUAUUAUUUUUUUGUAUGUGUGCAUGUUUUUUUUUUGUUUUUUUUUAAAUACCUGAGGUUCUGUUCCACAUGUGUCGAAUCGGGCGUAUAUCUUGUAAUUAUUGCCUGAUAUUUGAGAGGGGCAGGAAGGACUUCCCAGGUAAAUGUGACUUCUCUCCAGCUGAGGGACAGAUUGACUUGGAACUAAAAUUUGGAAGUCUGUACGGGUACAGCUGACAUUCAUUGGCACAACUGAGGGAAAGAAAAGGGUUAAUGAGAGGAGGUUAUGAACGUUUACAAAAAAAUGAAUGCAUGUAUUAUUCCAAAUGUAGUUAAGAAUGUCGUUCCUAUUUAAUAUUGCUUAUAAUAUCACCAUGUAUAGAGAAUUAAAAAAAACUUACCGCACAUUCAUGGCAGCUGGAGAACACCUUAUUUAAAGGGAUAUUGUAGUCACCAGAACAACUACAGAUUAUUGUAUUUGUUCUUGUGAGUAGAAUCAUUGCCUUCAGGCUUUGUGCUGUAAGCAACGUCUUUUCAGAGAAAAGGCAGUGUUUACAUUACAGCCUAGGGAUAACUUCACUGGCCACUCCUCAGAUUGCUGCUAGAGGUGGUUCCUGGGGCAGUGAUGCACAGUGUGCAGCACUGCCACUCAGUAUCUCAACCCUCUGCAUGGAGACAGUGAACUUUCCUCAUAGAGAUGCAUUGAUUCAAUGCAUCUCUAUGAGGAGAUGCUAAUUGGCCAGGGCUGUUUAAAUCAUGCUGGCUCUGCCCCUGAUCUGCCUUCUUGACAGUCUCAGCCAAUCCCUUGUGAAAGCAUUGUGAUUGGCUCACAUAAUGACUUCUGAUUAUGUCAGCCAAGCAGGCAGAUCAGGGGAAGAUCCAGCAGCAGACUGGAAUACAAGUAAGAUUUUACUAUAUUUAGGGGGGACAAAGGAGGGACCAGGGUGUUAAAUGGUGGUUUUAAAACUAUAGGGUUCCUUUAAUAGUUCUAAGACAUAUAUUUGUUAGGUUAUUACCUUAAUCUGGGAAUUGCUAAUUUUUGGUCGAACUAAUCAAAUCAAAUUAUUUUUUCCAGUCUGAUGUUUUAUUUGUCUAAUUUUGCAAUUCCAGUUUUAAUCUCCACAGAAGGUAAAUGUUUUUUUUUUUUUUUAAUUCUUUAUUUUUCAGUGCAUCAACAGUGAUACAGACAUUUCUGCUUAUGCCACGAUUGUAUAAGGUUAAGUUAAUGUAACAAACAUGUCCAUACAGUGAUUUGGCUAUAACAUUAAAUGCACGUUUUUGUAUAGUGGUCUGGUGGGUUGUAACGAGGUGCCUACUAAAGUACUGAUAGUUGCUAGGCGAGAGAUUGUGAUCCGGUGAUUCCUCACCGUUAUGAACUUUAUGGGGGUGCAGUGACUGUUUUGGCCUUGAGGCUUUUAGGGCAUUUGUCCCACUACCCGUCAUUCUAUGUGUUGGGUCACCUCGUAUGCUGGGGUGGGUGUAUAGUUCCCUCUUUAUGUCUGGUGUCCCUUAUCUCUGUGGCUCAGAGUGCCUACUGAAGUGGGGUAGUUUAACUAGUUUGUUCCAUCGUAGUGGUCUAGCGUACCCUUAUCGUUUUGUGCCGGUAGAGUCUGCCACGUCCCCCGUGUGUAGGGUUGAUUCAGAAUGUUAUUUCGCCUAGCGAACAGGUCAUCUUCUAUAUGGGAAUGGGUUGUGGUUCGGAGCAUGGGUGUCUAUUUAGUUCUUGGGGUUCGCCUGUUAUGGCUACGUGCGUUGGUUAUGUGUCCCCUGUUUGUCUGGUUCCCGGUGUAGGGUGUAGCGCUCCAUGGUUGGUUGUGUCCCUUUACCCUGGGGCACUAGGGGGGGGAGGGAGUUGUGUAGUCGGGUCGCGGAGCUGCCGCUACGUGGUGUGAGCCCGACAUAAAGAGUGUGUUUGUAGUAGUGUGCAAUCGAACCUUAAGACAUAGGUAAACAUAGGUAAAACAUUAACGUAAAUAACAUGCGCGUUCUGUGAGUUCAGGUGGCCUCUUUCCUCUUCUCCGUCCGUGAGAUUAGGGGAGUCUUCUAUGCUGUGUGGGCGAGUGCUGGGUGUUUCUGGAGCGGGUAGUCCUUGUGGAGUGAGGCCCAGUGCUGUCAUUAAGGCAGUGCUGUCCGCAGGGUCUGACGCCUUGUGUUUAUUCCCGUCUUUCGUGACCAGGAGCGUUCUGGGUGUUGACCAUCUAUAUGUUAGUCCUGCUAUUUGGAGGAGUUUCGUGACGGGCUGCAUUCCCUUUCUCCAUAACAGUGUAGAUCUGCUCAAGUCCUGAAAGACUGAUAUGGUGCUGGUUUCAAAUUUGUACGGGGUUUUCCCUUUAAGGGCGGCUAGCAGGCCCAUUUUGUCCGUUAGCGAGUGGCAACGGAGAAUGAUGUCCCGUGGUGCUGUGGUGGGAGCUUGUGGGGAUUUAGAUAUCCUGUAUACCCCAUCGAAGGUAAAGUGUUUAGCCUGUCGCAUUGGGAUGAGGGAAGACACCAGCCUUCUAAUGAAGUGUGGUAGUUCCUCUAAGGGUACUGUCUCUGAGACUCCUCUGAGCUUGAUGUUUUUCCUUCUGCCCCUGUCGUCUAUUAUGCUGACUUGGUUAGUGAGGUUGACUUGUUGGGCUUGUAUUUGAUGCAUCUGUUCGUUUAGUGCUUUGAGGCCCUGUCUGAGGGUAAGUAUGUCUGUCUCAUUCGUUUCGGUGCGAGCAUUUAGUGUUUGUACCUCUGUUUUCAGUGCUGCCAGGUCAGCUUCCCACAUUUGGCGGAGGUUUCUUUGAAGGUUGGUUAGCAUGUCCUGUAUGUCCCCCUUUGUUGCUGGGGCUCGGCUUCUGCCCUGGGUGGGGUCGUUUUCCUGGUUUCUGCUGGGGUUUGUUCGCGGGAAGACUCCCCUCCAUCCACCUGUUGAUUCUGGGCCGUGUUUGGCCCUGGCGUUCGCAGCAUCUGGCCAAUAUCAUGGUGAGUGUUUGUGGGUUGUUUCUGGGACUUCCGACCCAUCUCCUCCGUUAUGCGUGUGUUCGAGUCUGGUAGGCCAAGGUCGCUCCACAUGCGGGGAGCCCAGUCUGCUUCGGGCUGGAGGUUUCCCGCGCGGUAGGCCUUGGAGCCGCGGCUGCGGGUUUUUCUUGCCGCGGGUUGGAAGAACGGCAUCGACGUGUUCAGCGGGUCGUACCCUGUUGUUUUCUGGUACUCGUGUGGUUAGUUGGGGUUCGGUGUAUUUGUUUUAUGCUAGUUAUUGCUCUCUUUUGUCGGAGCUCGGGAUAAUGGCUACUGCUCUCAUGCGCUGUCAGGCUCAGCCCUCGAAGGUAAAUGUUUUAAACAGGAACACAACAUAGGUUCAUACAAUAUAUUCACUAAACCUCAAACUGUAGAAAACAGAAAACCAAAUUAAAGUUGUGACUAUAGUUAAGUUGCCUAUAUUUUUCCAAAACAACAAUUUUAGCCUCAAACUAAUAAACUGUGCUAAACGAAUAACCUACACCCUGUUUUACUUUGUUUGUUAUUUUUAAAUUGAUCUAUGAGGUGAAAAAUAGUGCUAUUUGUGCAAUAUGUUUGAAAAGUUAUGACAAUAUACUUACUGCUCACUAAUUAAUAAAUUAUUUUUAUUGCCAAACACAAAAUGUAGCAAUAAUUUAAUAUCUAGGUUUUUCAUGAUUUUAUUAAAGGGGCACUUCAAGGCACACUAAGCACCAAAAUAACCCAGCUCACGCCCUUUGCUGCACUUUGUGGAGAACACCAGAGAAAAAGUCCAAGAUCGGGACUGUCCUGCCAGAUAUGGGAAACUUGGCAGGUA